AUGAAUAGCGGCCCCCCGCCAGCAAAUUCCUCUUUCCCCGCGCAUCCCCCCGAAGCUGUUGGCGGAGCGGAAAACUACCCCGCGCAACCUUUCGCGCAGCCUUUUGCGGAUCCUUUGGCGCAGCCGCAGAUGGCGGAGAGGGAGGCGGAGCCCUCCGCCGACCGAGACUCCGCGGGCGCAGUUUCUGCGCCCGCCGCCGCUGCCCCGCAGCCCCACCACCCUCUCCAGCAACCAUCGGCGCACGGCGCCGCGCUGCAAUCCUCCGCGCUGCCGCACGACGCGCAGGCCGCGCAGGCGGGCGGCGGCUCCCGCGAGGGGUCGCGCGAGCGGGAGGCGGAAGGCGAGGCGCUGUCGGUGCGGUUCAACCAGGACUUCACGUGCUUCGCGUGCGGGACGCGCGGCGGCUUCCGCGUGUUCUGCUGCGACCCGCUGUGGGAGACGAUUCGGCGCGACUUCGACGGGCGCGGCGUGGGCAUGGUGGAGAUGCUGUUUCGCUGCAACUUCCUCGCGUUCGUGGGCGGCGGCUCCAACCCCUGCUACCCGCCUAACAAGGCAAUGAUCUGGGACGACAGCCACAGCCGGUGCAUCGGCGAGCUCACCUUCCGCAGUGAAGUGAGGGGUGUGCGGCUGAGGAGGGAUCGCAUUGUGGUGGUGUUGGAGCAUAAGGUCUAUGUGUAUAACUUCGCUGACCUGAAGCUGCUGCAGCAGGUGGAAACGCUGUCCAACCCUAAAGGGCUGUGCGAGGUGUCCCAGUCGCCCAACAGCUUCGUCAUGGCUUGCCCUGGCAAGCACCGGCAGCAGAUCCGCAUUGAGCUGUUUGACCAGCGCCGCACGCAUUUCAUCGCAGCACACGACUCGGAGCCCGCCUGCAUCGCGCUCUCUCUGGACGGGCAGCGCCUGGCCACGGCCAGCAGCAAGGGCACUCUGAUCAGAGUGUUCAACACAGCUGAUGGGACCAAGCUGCACGAGCUACGGCGGGGAGUGGAGAGAGCAGACAUCUACAGCCUCGUCUUCUCCCCAAAGGCGCCCUUCCUGGUGGCAGCGAGCGACAGAGGCACGAUUCACGUGUUCUCACUCCGGCACUCCCAGGGGCAAGGGCAGGGGCAGGAAGAUGGGGUGGGGGGCGGCGAGGGGAAGGCAGGUGCGACGGGGAGUGGUGGGGGGGCGGUAUCGGCACUAUCAUCGUUCGGCCUGAUGAAAGGAGUCCUCCCCAAGUACUUCAGUGACGAGCGCUCGCUGGCAUUCUACCGGGUGGGCGUGCACACGCGCAUGCUCGCUGCCUUUGGUGCCGAGGCCAACACAGUCAUCGUCGUCGGCAGCACUGGCGCGUUUUACAAGCUUCAGUUCGACCCGCAAACAGGCGGCGAGAUGAGGUUGUUGGAAGCGGCAAACUUCCUUGCCAUGGAAGACGAGCAGAUUUGA